AUGGCGUGGAGAAAUCAAGGAAUUACCGGAUCCAACAAUAUUCCCUUGGGAAAGGUGCGGCGCUUCGGUGGUGGUGAUGCCGAUGACGACAGCAAGAGUGCGACUUCGUCUUCGAAUGGCAUCGUAAAUGGGGACCGUGAUGUCAAGCGCGGCCGCAGCCCCGAGCGCUCCGAACACGAUGGCCCGAGGCGUCGCAAGAAGCGCAAUCGCUGGGGCGAGGCCACCGAGAACAAGGCCGCGGGAUUGAUGGGCCUCCCCACCGCCAUCGUUGCCGACAUGACCCUCGAGCAGCUUGAGGCAUACACGCUCCAUCUCCGUAUCGAAGAGAUCACGCAAAAGCUCAAGAUUGACGAUGUUGUUCCCGCCGACGGAGACAGGUCGCCAUCGCCUCCUCCGCAGUACGACAACCAUGGCCGCCGUGUCAAUACUCGAGAAUACCGUUACCGAAAGCGCCUUGAGGAUGAGCGCCACAAGCUCAUCGAGAAGGCCAUGAAGACCAUCCCCAACUAUCACCCGCCUCAGGAUUAUCGCCGGCCGACCAAGACCCAGGAGAAGGUCUACGUGCCGGUCAACGACUACCCAGAGAUUAAUUUCAUUGGCUUACUUAUCGGACCUCGUGGCAAUACUCUUAAAAAAAUGGAAGCAGAAUCAGGUGCCAAGAUCGCCAUCCGUGGCAAGGGCUCCGUCAAGGAGGGCAAGGGCCGUUCAGAUGCAGCGCACUCCAGCAACCAGGAAGAAGAUUUGCACUGUUUGAUCAUGGCCGACACCGAGGAGAAGGUUAACAAGGCGAAGAAGCUGAUUCACAAUAUCAUUGAGACGGCUGCCUCGAUUCCUGAAGGCCAGAAUGAGCUGAAGCGCAACCAGUUGCGCGAGCUGGCUGCCCUAAACGGAACCCUGCGUGAUGAUGAGAACCAGGCGUGCCAGAACUGCGGACAGAUUGGGCAUCGCAAGUACGAUUGUCCCGAGAAGCAGAACUACACUGCCAACAUCAUCUGCCGUGUCUGCGGUAAUGCCGGUCACAUGGCCCGCGAUUGCCCAGACAGACAGCGGGGCGCUAGCUGGCGCAAUGACGGUCCAGUGGGUGCUCGGCCUGGGGGUCGUAUUGGCGGAGGUGGCGAUGCUGUUGAUCGCGAGUAUGAGCAACUCAUGCAAGAACUCGGGGGAACUGGCGCUGCCCCUGCGCGCAUUGAAGCGGGCCCCGGCUCGCACAGCAACGGUGGUGGCGGCGAUGCUCGACCAUGGGCACGCGGCCCAACUGGCGGACCUGCCCCUUGGCGUGCCCGGAAUCAGGAUCGCGACGGCGAGGGCGGUCCUACCGGUGGUCCUGCUCCCUGGGCGCGUGACCGCGACCGUGGCGACCGUGACCGCGACCGUGGAUACCGCGGCAGCGACGGGCGUGAUGGAGGCGACGGCUACUACGGUGGCGGUCAACCCUCAUAUGGUGGCGCCGCAGCCGCUCCGGGAACCGCUCCAUGGCAUCAACCACCCCCCGCAGGCCCCGUUGGAUACGGCGGUGCGUACCCUGGCUACAGUGCUUAUGGUGCUCCCGGUGCUCCUGGUGCUCCUCCGGGAUUGGGCGGAGCUCCUCCUGGGUUGCCUCCCCCGCCUCCCCCACCGCCUGGUGGUGCUCCCCCUGGACUUCCUGGCGGUCUCAACGCGCUGAUCCAGCAAUAUGCCAAUGCCGUUCCGCCACCUCCCCCUCCGCCGUCUGGAGAGGCGCCGCCUCCCCCGCCACCCAUGGACCUGCCGCCUCCUCCACCGGGUGCCUAG